AUGGCGCGAGUCGCCAACCUUGAACAUCAUCCCGGCGCCGCGCAAGCAAGGAAGGUCGCAAGCAAUCAAGAAGAUGAUGGUGUUACAUGUGUGACCGGAAUGCUGGAAGACGAGGAGCUAUUGCUGAUUGAGAAGCGCUGCCCUGACUAUUUGCACAUGAUUCUUGUGGCAAGCGAGGCUGCUUUUGCCGCUGUUACCUACCAACUCAAGACGCUAAGUUGGAAAGCGACCUUCCACUUUGUUGACGCGCAAAGGCGGCGAGGUGCAAGUCUGGGGACUUCAUAUCUUUCCAGUGUCGCCAUGGGCUCCAUCGACCACUCAACAUUCCUUCCAAUGAGUGCACAGUAUGCUGUACGAGAGGCAAAGACGAGGCAAGAGCUGGACCGAAUCGUGGACGUUAUCUGGGCAGCGAACUACACACCCUAUGAGCCUUUCGUGCAAAUAUUCUUCCCAGUCUUAGGAUUUACAAAAGCCCACCGGGAGGCCGCUAUCAGCGAGUCGAAGGAACGUCUGUGGACACAACAUCAGCAUGAUCCCUCAAGUCACUGGUAUUAUGCUUUCAAUACGAUAACAGGCCAAACUGUUGGUAGCGCACAAUGGGUCAUAUCAAGAACCAACCCGUUCGCUGCGGAAGCUCCAAAAUUGACAGCACCAUGGUGGCCGGAAGGAGAUUCACGGAGGUUUUGCGAAUCCAUCUUGAAUCAAGUGUACAAGCCGCGAGCUAAUUGGAUGAAGCGGCCCCAUUGUGCACUUAAUUGGAUGGCAGUACAUCCAGCCUAUCGACAACGCGGUAUCGGCUCACUUCUCAUGAAUGCUGGCAUCUAUCAAGCUGAUCAGCUCGACCUUGAGUGUUGGAUGGAGUCAUCUAGUAUGGGAAAACCACUUUACGCAAAAUUCGGAUUUCAGUCACUAAUCAAGCUCGCUUUUGAUGACGAAGAGGUAUGUGCUAGCGAUGAGUGGCGGAAAUGCGCGCACGAAUUGACUCCUCCACCAAUAUUUGCCAUGUGGCGACCGAAGAAAACGGCUUCGGCCCUAGCAGCAAGAAAUAUGGAGGAUAUCAAGAUGCCAUGGUCUUUGGGUGUGGAGAAGUAA